CUUGGGUCCCUGAAUUUAUAAUCCAAGAUACUUAUAAGGUCUCUUGAUAGCUUCUAAUAAAAUGAAUGUAUAAAUUCAAUAAUUUUAAAUCAAAUACGAAAGAAAUUAUGGUAAACAUUACUAUCAGUGACUCCAGUGAUCGGAGGACCGACUUUGGUGUGCCUGCGGCCAGCUAACCAUACUUGCUCUCCCGCGCUCGGUCACGUACACGUAUAUGUACGGCGGAAUCUCGUACGGCGCGCUAGCUGGCUCUCGUCGUCGCGUAUAUUUGCAUUCAAGAUGGCACCGCUUACUGCACGUAAACUUCUUCUUUAACUCUAGGCUCUCUUUUGAGCAGAGAAGUCGCUGAGCAGGGCAUCAGCGUCUCUAGGUAACAUCUUAUGUGCGUGACUGAAAUCACCCUGGAAUUACUUUUGUAUUCUCAUAUCGAUCUGUGCUCAAUUUCAUCUAAAAAAUAGAUUUUUGUGUUCCAAUAUCUAACCGGACUCCGACUUCAAACAGAGCCAUCGUUGUGCAAUCCAGUGCGAGUGACAACGUUACGACGCAACGUAUGCAAUUACAACGCCUUUCUCAUUGACUGGUAAUUGCGUCACCUACGUAUCAUUCGAAGGAAAAUUCAGUAUUUUAUCACAAGUACGUUGUGAAAUAUAUAGACACAGAUUCCUCGAUGUUUCAUAUUGAAUAUUUUUUAAGAGCCGACGUUCUUUUCUAGCUGGACUAGAUUCAUAUUCAUAUUUUAUUUGUGGAGUCGAAAUGGCCGGAUCAAAUUAGAUUCACAAUCCACACCAAAGCUGGCCUUCUGUGUGUAUUUGUCAAAUGUUUUGCAGUGCAGCUGAAAAAGAAAUUUGACAACAAUUUGCCUUCUUGGACAGUUAAAUUGACAAAUUGUAUAACUUAAUGUUUAACCAUAAAUGUUUGCAUCUCAGGAUUGUUGAAAACAAAUAUCAGUAUUAAUACUCUUCGUAUUAUUAUCGUCGAGAAUUUUUAUUUUUUAUGAAUGAACUUGACUCUUGACUAUCGACUGCGUGUGGCAAGUCGCGCGGUUACAACAAAGGACGCAACUCUUUUAUUUUAAUACGCUUCUGAAAAUCUGUUUGAGCUGCUGAGAGGCGCACCUCAUUCUCUUCUAAGAGGUUGCUUGUUAUAUUUUGCUACCUGUUGGAUUUUAAUAUCAUAAACAUCUGAAAUAUUUUCGUCAUUUCAAACUAAAACAUAAGUAAUUUAGAGCUAUUGAUUUUGUUAUCAGCUGUUGUAUGUUGAACAAAAUCUGCUCUCUUUUUGUCCGUUUCACUUUGAUGAUUUGCUGAACUUGAAUUGGGAUCAGAGAGGAAUCAGAAAUAGAAUUUUAGAAUUCUAACUUGAUGAACCAUAUAACUUCUGCCCCUAUUCCGAUCCACCAUGGUCGGGGUAAAGUUCAAAUAUUUCAGGACGUUUCAUCCAAUUUGACUAGUGGUGGGCAAUUGAGCCCUCAGCCACAACUUUCCCCCAGUCCACCAAGUUUUGUGUCCCAUGAGGAACAUGUAAUCUCAAGAAUUGGAAAUUAUGUUCUUCUGGAGGAAGUAGAUCCUAAAGUAUUCAAAUGUGUUGAUACUUUUAACAACCAAGAAUGCAUCUGUAAGGUAGUGGAUGUACAUCAAUACAGGGAGGCGUUUGCCCCGACCUUUCACCUGGGCUAUCAUUCUCGUAUCAACCAUGUGGAAGAGGUAUUGCAGGGCCACACCCAGGCCUAUGUCAUCUUCCCCACCACCCAUGGGGACAUGCACUCCUACGUCAGAAGGAAGCGCAAGCUACGGGAGCGAGAGGCUGCUGCCCUCUUUCACCAGAUGGUGCAGGCCGUGGCACACUGCCACACCCAUGGGGUCGUUCUGCGGGACUUGAAGCUGCGCAAGUUCGUCUUCAAGAAGGAAGAAAGAACUGACGUUGUACUUGAUGGCAUUGAAGAAGGCCAUAUCUUGGCUACGCCAGAGGAUGAUAACUUGAAUGACAAACACGGUUGUCCAGCCUAUGUUAGUCCAGAGAUACUCCUAACCAGUGGUAGCUAUUCUGGUAAAGCUGCUGACAUGUGGAGCCUGGGUGUCAUCCUCUACACCAUGUUGGUGGGGCGUUACCCCUUCCACGAUUCAGAUCCUGCCGCUCUCUUUACUAAAAUCCGUCUGGGACAGUAUAACGUACCUGAAUCCCUCUCCACCCAGGCUAAAUCAAUGAUCUACAGCCUGAUGAGAGUGGACCCUAGUGAGAGGCUAACGGCUGAGGAAGUACUUGAGCACCCUUGGUUUCGUAGCGCCAAUCUGCCACAUAAGUCGUCAAGGAAAGCAGAACCUAAAAUGGUUGAUCAGCUUGUUCCUGACUAUUUCACUACAGAUGAUGCUGUAUAGCAUUUGCACUUUAUUUUCAUUAUGUGCAUUUAAUUGUUCAAUGGUAGGAUAUGAUUUUUUGGGAUACUCAAUGUCGUAUCUCACGACAAGUAUUAACGGUGCUGAACGUGAGCUUAGAUUUUUUUUUAAAAUUCCAGAUAUUUGUAUUUUUCCAUGUGAAUUGUAUUCCUUUGAAGUCAGUGAGUUGAUGUUUAUGCUGAUUUACAUUCUAGUAAUCGUCUUCUUUUUCUUAAUUUAUAGAAUUAAUCGUGGACAGAGGUAUUAUGUUAGGGAGUGGCAAAAGCCAGUGGCAAUAUAGUAUUCUACUUUGGGUUUAUAUUGUCUAUUGCAGUGUUAGGGAUUGAACUCAUUCCUUCGUUAAUUUUAUCUAGAGAUGAACCACCUGUGAAAGUUGAUUAUUUAAAUGGUUGAUAGCUCUUUGUUGUUACCUUAUCCUGUAGUUUCUAGUAUUAGGUAUCAAUUUGGGUAGACUAUGUCCAUUGCCUCAUUAUUAGAUCCAUGAAUUGAUCAGUUUAUUGAAAAUAUAGUUACAUAUUUCUCAGACUUUGCAUAAGUGGUAACUUCAAGAUCAGAUAGCAUAGCAGUAUGAAUGGUUGAAGUGUAUCUAAUGUUAUCGACCAAAUACGCCAAGUUUUCCUUCUUGCUGUGUGCGCAUUUGACUGUGCCAGGAACCGUCAUCUUAAGGAGAUCAAUGCGACUCGAGAGUUGCAUUUAACUUCUAGCGAUGAUUACGUCAGUCCAUACAGACUCCAGAAACAGUGUGAUUUUGCAGCAGCUAAAUUUUGUUGCCUAUAUGGGACAGACUAAAUGGUUCUUUUUAAGCGAACAGCAUUCAUUAAUUGCCAAAUUUGUGCAGAAAUCAAUCAAUUAGUAUUUCAACAAGAAAGUCUAUUUGUUGAAAGACUGGCAUUUUGUGCAUGAGAGGGAGAUUGUCUUACGAAUCCAAUCAGCCAAUUUGUAGUGGGAGUGUGGAUAUGUGCAGGCUUUUAUCCUAAAGAUGUGAGUGAAUGAUUAUAGUUUGCAAAAGUGGCUUCAGGCAGGUUCUGAAUAAAAGUACUCGUUGUUAAUCGAUGUGAUAUUGAUUAGUGGAGAAGUGUUGUACAUGUGAGAUACGAUGUGGAUGAAUGAAUAAUAUGCUAUUGUCUGAAAUACAUGUACAUUUCUAAAAUGCAUGAACCAUCAUUUCUGUUUAUCCACAUAAAUUUGUGAUUAAUCCACUGCAUCAGACGAAUAUGUGUACGUAGUACAGAUGUACCUCGUGUGGAUUAUAUUGAAAUAAGAACAAGGAGAAAGAUUUUAGAUCAUUUAAAGAGUUGACACAAAUGCUUUAUGGAUUCUACAUUUAACAUUUUAAAUGUUUUAAAAUUCACCCCCUAACGAAAUGGAUGGUGACAAUUACUUUUGUUUGAGAUGUGUUACUAAAGAGUGCAAUUAAUUUAAUGAUCCUUGUAGUAUCGUUACCGUAUUGACUUCCCACACUUUUGUAAUUGGACAUAAAUCCAGGGGGGGGGGGUGAUAUUCUGCCCAUUUGACUUCAAUCAUAAGAAGAUUCUAAAGCUUUUCAAUCAGGUUUAUUUUUGGAGUAAAUUUUUGUAUUGAUGUGAAGAUACUGUACCUGCAAAAACUCUUGUUUUUCUUGUUUCUCGGAUUCUCGGAAUGCCCUAAAUCACAUUGUGUAGAGUUAUACAAUUGCCCAUGUGGAUACUCAGUAUAGGCAUGUAGUAAAGAUAGGAUUCCAAUUAAACAUUGGUGCAGGACAAUUGUGAACAUACCUACAUGUAUAAUUAUAUUUAAUCCCAUAUAUAGAAUCCUAUUACUAAUCCGCUUUUUGUGGAUAUGCUUCUUUGUUGUUGCCUGUACAUGUUAUUGAAUUGUAUCACUGCCACAACAGAUGCUGUAUAUUCUCAAAUAGUAUAUGAUUUUUUUUUUUAUUUACUUGUAUGAUUGUAUGUUCAAAGUUUUAUAAUUGUUAUACUUUUGUUUUCAUUUGUUUGUUACUUUGUUUUGUCCCAUUUCCAGUUUCUUAUACUUCAGAACAGAGAGAGUUUGGUCAUUGUGUUGUUAAGUUUCAUUAGUGGAUCUUUAGCUUCAAAGAAAAAACAUGUACACAUUUAUGCAGAAUUAUAGUUUAUUUACUGCUUGGAUGUUACACUUUGUAUUGUCUACAUGUAGAUGACCUUUAAUACUCAAUAACCUCCACAUCCCCUAAAGACACUGACUCAAUUUGUGAUUCCUGUGAAGUUGUGUAGAGGUACAGUAUGGGAAUCUCCAUUGAAAUUACACUGCACCCACCAUCUGUAGCACAAUUCAAGCCACUUCCUGGCAAUUCUUAUUUUCCCAUCUGUAUUGUAUCCGAGUUAGUUUAAUUAGGAAAAAACAAGUCAAAAGCUUAUAGCUAUAUGUGUUUACAUGUAUGUAGGUCACAUUAUGGUUUGGUUCUUUCCAGAAAAAAAGGGACGAUAGCAUGUGUAAAUUUAUUUACCUGAUUUUACAUUUGUUUCAUGUAACACUCAUCAACUAUAUACAUACAUGUAGUAUGGUAUGAUGUGCUCUUUGCAUUUUAAGUAGGUAAUCAUCGUUAUGACAGUGGUGCGAUGAGAAUGCAUAGUCAUUUCAAGGACUCAAGUCCAGUAACCUAAUACAAUACCAAGAAAUAUGUCAUUUCAUACCUUAUUAAUUAUAUUUUUCAUUGAGAAAAUGAUGAAACAUUUUCUUUUGAAAGAACAUAUUUCACCAAAGUUUUUACUAAUGAUGUACUGGUACUGCACAUUUAUCCAAUCUUAAACAAAGCUUUAAUUUAUAUUGGUCUGAUGUUUACAAUGAAAUACUGUUUAGAUGUGUACAGUCUAUACUUCUUGCGUGCAUGGCUAUUCUGUGCCUGUUUGGAGAAUACCUUUAUUUCAUUUCAACCUCCUGUAUAUCUCAGAUAUUGAUUUGGAUUGAUAUUCAGAAAUAAAAUUCAUAUGUGUGAUAAAA